UCUGUUGUUCCUUUGUAUCAGUUUUGUUGUCGUUUUUGUUGUUUUUGUUUUCCUCUUGAGGAGGACUCAUUGCUCUGCGGGAAGGGCUACCAGAAUUGCAUCAUGGGGACACUGGGCAGAGUGGUGUUCUCGCUGGGCAAGGCUGCCCGCUCUACCGGCCAAGCCCUCGAUCGACUUGGCUCCCGCUUGCAAGGCGGCUACGUGUUCAAAGACGAAGAUUGGGUGAGGGCUGAUGUGUACCAGGCGGGGAGCGAAUUUCUUUCCAAGCAUCAAACUAUAUUGGGCAUAUUUAACAAGAAGCCUGUCAUUGAGGAGUCUGCAUUUGUGGCUCCCGGUGCUUCUGUUGUUGGAGAAGUGCAAAUUGGGGAGAAUUCUUCAAUCUGGUACGGGUGCGUUCUACGAGGUGAUGUUCAUCAGAUCAAAGUGGGUGCUGAGUCAAAUAUUCAAGACAACACUGUGGUUAAUGUGCCGAAAACCAAUGUGAGCAGCAGUAUUGAGCCUACCAUCAUUGGCAACAGAGUCACUAUCGGACACAAUUCAGUGCUUCAUGCGUGCACUGUAGAGGACGAGUCUUUUGUUGGCAUGGGCUCCACCAUUCUGGACGGAGCCGUCGUGGAGAAGGGCGCUAUGGUGGCUGCUGGUUCUGUAGUCGCAGAAAAAACUCGCGUUCCUUCUGGCCAGAUUUGGGCGGGUAGCCCUGCCAAAUUUUUGAGGGAUCUCACAGCCGAAGAGCGGUCAUCCCUUACAGUAAAUGCCAGUAUUUAUACAGAUUUGGCGGAGGUUCAUGCUUUUGAGAAUCGGAAGACAGCUGGGGACAUUGAGGCUGACAAGGCUCUGAGGAGGAAGUGGGAAAUUCAGUCUGAUGACUAUGACUCUCACUUGGGUAUUGUCCGCUCCAAGAAGCCGGACAUUGCGUUUCCCAACAAUAUGAUUUCAAAGGGUGCUCAUUAACUCGUGUUAGUUUUCAUUGUUUUAUUUGUUCUCUCAUUGAGUGGAAGUGUUUUGUGGUCAUUAAUAAAACUUGGACCCAUACGUUAACCUCCUCGUU